AAUUUUCGCCCCCAAACAUUUCCUUCUCGUGGGCGCGUGGGUUUUUGUUUUUCAUUCAAGUUUCGUGUGUGCAAGCAGAGUUUGGACAGUCUUCGAGGGAUUUGGCAGAAAUUUUAACCCAACUUUUCUAAGUGCCAAGCAACCAAGUGGAAAGUGGAAAUUUUUUCUCUAAAGUCUUGGGACCAAAAUAAGCGUGCCAAGUGGAUGUGAACUAUUGAGGUUGGGUUUUUUCCUGUGUUAGUACUUUUACUUGAACUGGGUGUACAAAAAGUAACAAGUGCUACCAAAUGGACUGAACGGGGGAAAAAGUGUUACGGAACACCCUCAACUGGGAUCAGCUGAAUCCAGGCAGGAGCGAAACUAAAAUCAACAGUUGAAAGUUCGGAGUUCAGAGUGGUCGCUCAAAGAUGUGGAAAAUCAUUUUCAUUAUCGUGCUGGCAAGAGCGGGUGCCACUGGUGCUCCAGCUACUGCCGCUUCCGGUCCGGGCAGCGCUCAAGCCAUCAAGCACAACCUUAUCAACGAGAUGAACGAAACCUUCAGCGACCUGGAGCAGGCUAGUGAAAAAUUUAUCGACUUAGGCACCUUCAUCGGGAAACAUAAGGUUCCCCCAAAGACGGUGAAAAUCACCAAAACCAUUGCCGUCAAAGUACCCGUUCCAUUUCCCGUGAAGGUACCACAUCCGGUCCCGGUUCCAGUUCCGGUACCGAAAGCAGUUCCGGUGCCUGUCGUUAAACCAGUGCUCGUACCAGUCACAAAGUUAGUUCGAGUGCCAGAAGCAAGUGUCGUCACUCCCACGGCCAGUACAGCUCCAAGCUCCCCGGAACCAACGGAAAAUACCCGAUCCACGAUAGCGGCUUUGUCCAAUCGGUCUUAUGGCAUUGGGAAAGGAAACUCGGAUCUAAACUCGGAGGAACAGGAAACAUCUCAGUCGAAUCGUCAUGAACAGGUGCAUGAAUUUACCAAAUCCUAUCCAAUUCAUUCUGUUUUUGAUGCCGGCGUUGAUUAUAAUCCUUAUGCCGGAAAUCGAUUAGCAAUUUCAAAACAGAAGGCGUCUUCUUCGGAGCAUAGGCCAACGCGUCAUUACAUGCCAGAUUAUGAGAAGGUUCAGGAAUACAGCAAAUAUCCCGGUCGUCACCAAGAGUAUCGUGGGUAUCGCUCAGGAUUGAAAACCGAGGUUGCUCAUGAACACUACUCAACUGCCCAACCUGAUAUAGAGCACUCAGCCGAAAACUAUGAUGGACCCCACGCGGACAUAGUUCCAAACUCGUACAAGCAUCCCAAAAGCUACUACUACGCAAAAGAAACGGAAAAAUAUCCCACUCCUAAAUUUCCACGACCGACUCAUUCUGCAUUCCCCACUACUCCAAUCUAUCGUACGAAAGACACUUCCUACGAGAGCGACAAUCACUAUGAAGGACAAAGUUUGCGGGAAUACCACCACAAACCGUCUCCAACUGCACCCAGCUAUCAAUCAGUUAGUGACUCGUACCCACAUUAUGAACGACCUGACUUCAAAAAGUACCAUUACGUAAAACCUUCCGCUUCGAGCUACAGAGAACAUGUGGCUGAAGAACCACAACACAAGGAACAACACCACAAAAAAUACAAAUAUGUAUACUAUUACCCGAAACCUACAGAAGAGAUCUACAUUGGUUCAGACCCUGAUGAAGAAUCUUCCUCGGACCUCAAACAAUACCAUCAUCACUCUGAGUCACACAAACACGAAGUUGAACAUGUACCAGUAGUCCAUCAUAAAUCACCUUCGCAUUAUGAAGUCGAGGAACUUUACGCUAGACCCAGUGCUACUCCAGAAACAUACGCACAUCACGAGCCCAAGGAAUCACACUACCCCAGGCAUAAAUUCAAGGUAGUCUACCCUCGACCAACACCUGUAUCCCAAGCUUUAACAUACCUGGAAGACAAGGAACCGGCUCACUCAGAACACAAAGAAUACUAUCCACACUACCAAGAACACCGACAUUCUGUACCGAAAGAAACCAAAAUACGAUACGUCCCAAAGGUGAACCAUGUCCCAUACGAAUUCCCCAGUGACUCCCAUCUUCACCCCAGCUACGCUGAAGAAAGUUCCUCCAGCAAACACAAAAUGCAUCAUUACUACAGCCAACAGGCAGAACAAACCUCACAAGAAGAAACACACGAACCUGAACACAAAUACUUCAUUCAACACCAUCUACAGCACCACCGGCCAAGCCCUUCUCCUUCUCCAACAACAGCGUACGGGCAUGAUCAUGCCGAAUCAAAUGAACCCUACGAAUACCACCAACAUCGACCUAGCAAGUACUAUACCCAUUCGCUAGGCCACCAUCAUCAUUCGGCUCCAUCUUCGCCUGCAGUGGACAUGCUCGAGUCAUCCUCCAAAGGUAACGAAGCCUACGAACAGGCCGUUGAGCAGAAACUUCGCUCCACCUAUGCCAACAACCCCUAUGUCGAGUACAGCCACGAACACGUACACCACGAUCAUGUAGACCGGAGAUCAUCGCAAUCGGCAAAUCCCCCACAAUCCCAAUAGCUACUCCACAACGAUACUGUAAGAACGUCUAGGACAGAACCAAAACCCGGUGUUCCCAAUUAGUGUGGAACAUGUAUUUAUUAUUUUUCGUAUAAAAUUAAAAGAAAAUAUAUGACGCUUUAAACAUAUACCCAACCCACGGACGCAAAAGUUCUACUGCCGCUGCUGCUGCUACUGUUGCUAAGUGCUACCUGAGAAGAGGCCCAAGAAGCCUCUUAAACAGAGGAAAACCGCGAUCUUCUCGUCUUCUUCUUCGCCGAAGCUAAGGCGGUGAAGAGAAUCGAUCGAUGCGAAUGCUUAAAAAUGCAGAACCUGUGAGAACUGAAGAUUACUAUCCUGAACGACCGAUGAACAAAUCCAUUUGUAAACGACCUUCCCCCGUUGAUGACGAUGCUGAAUUGGGUUUGGAAGUGACAAAAUGUGAUCUAUGUCCGAUUUUCAGUGGGACAUUCUUUUAGGAUUUGUUAACUAGUAUGUAUUAACGACCACGGCCAGGUGGCCGGGUCAACCAAAUAACGGUAUACGAAUCAAGCAAUCAACUUUCAAUAAAGUCUAAUAUUUAUAUACAAUCAGA